AUGUCGAUUCUAGAAAUAAAAAAAUAGCAAUACUUGCAAGGAAGAGUAUGUUUAAACUUUUAACAAUUUCUAGGCAGUUUAGAAAAGCAGGAGUUCACAUUUUAUAGAAUAAAUAUUUCUAACCCUGAAGUAACAUUUAAGAAAACUAAUGGCCUUGGUACUGCUAAUUUUGAAUUGCCGGACUUUGUUGUGUUCGGCUUCACUUACAAUGAAGAGGCAGAUACUAAUAAGCACUUAGUAGACUUAGUGGGAUUCGAUGAAAUUAGUAAUUGCAUUCAGAUAAUGAAGGUGUUUUACACAGCUGCAACAGAAAAAGAAUCAGAAAGUCUCACAAUUCCUUAUUACAAGAUCAUGAAAAAAGAUACAAAUCUUAUAUUGGAUCUAAAAAAUGGAGUUGGAGGUUAUAUCUAGCAAUCUAAUAUCUCAAUAUCAGGUUUUAGCUUUUACGAGAUAUUUGUUGCAGCAACUGUUGAAAAUCCCCUAAAUGCUUUUGACCGAGAUUAUUAUGUUGGGAAGUUUAAUACAAAGUACAAUUUGACUGAGUGGUAUAGACAGUCUGAUGUUGCAGGAGUUAAUGAGACUGUGAGAGGACUCUUGUAUGAUAAUCAAACAGAAUAUCUAUUCAUGGCUGUAGAAGUCAAUACAAAUAAAUAUAUGGGAAAUAGUCUAAGUGCUUUGAGAGCAAACAACUAAUAUACAAACUAAACAAAUAUUGCUGUUGUUGCUUAUGAUAGAUAUUAUGGUAACAAAAGAUAUGUGAAUUUGUUGGGUGAUCCAGUCUUAAAUGAUAGUUUUAGAGGGAUGGGUACUUAAGCUAAUUUUUUAUACGUGCUUUUGAAAAGAGAUGAUCCCCCCGAUUAUGCAUGGGAAAGAAAAUAUAAUAUUUACCUAGCAGAGAUCUUUCAAGAUACUGGUAUCUUAAACUAAGAGGUUCUUAUGGGAAGUUAAGGUUUACAAGAUGAACCUCUAGACAUUUAAGUUACGAGAAUAGGAUUAUUUAUACUUGCAAAGAUAGGGAACUAUUUUUGCAUUUCAACUAACUGUGGAACAAAUAAUCAAUGGGAGGUUUAUAAUUCUCAUAGCUUGAAUAUUGCUGUAAUAUUUAUCAAGUAUUCUAAUCCUUUCUAAAUUAUUGAUAUUGAGGCUAGACCUACUAAUAAUCUAAAAUCCAGAAUGGCUUACACUCCUUAAAGGCUAAUAAUGCCUAUAACUUUAGACAAAUCAACACAGAAUCCUUAUAAAUUUAUUUUUGCAGCUUAGAGGGAAGAUAACUCUGGUUUGCAUUUUGGUCUCUAUGACUCUGAUUCUGCAUUCUCGACAAAUACAUGCACAGAUAGCAACUGUAGAGUUUGUAGCAUAUAAGAUCCAAGCUACUGCAUCUAAUGCAAAUUAGAAGUACUUAAUAAUAUAACAGAUUAUGGCACAUGCCAAUUUGCAUCUACUUCAGGUACUUUUACCUUUAAAGACUUAAAUAACAAGAAUUGGUAUAAUUAAAAAUGCCAUUAAAGUUGUUCCUCCUGUGCAAGUGCCUUAAAUAGAUACAAAGGUUGUGAUUAUUGUACUGGUGGUUCAGAUGUAGUUGGAUAUGGAUUUCCAGCUGUAUCACCUACUUAUAUUUGCAACUGCUAUGCUUCAUCAAAUUAAGUAAGAGCUAAGUCAUAAUGUCAAGCUAGAUGUAAUGCUGAAGAAUAUGCCAUACUGAAUUAAAUUUGCUACCAUGAAUGUCCAUAGAAUUCAUAUCCAUUAAUUAACUUUAGAGAUUCAAGUAACCCUACACUCAGAUCAAAUAAUUAAUAUACAGUCAGCUAUACAUCAGGUCUAGUGUUCUCAACUGAUAAGUCACAAAGAUUAUUUUAAAUUGAUACUAACUCUAGUUCUCUAAAAGAACUUCCAAGGGAAUUUACAUUUAGCUUUUGGUUCAUUAAGAUUGAUGAUGGAAAGAAUAUUUAAUAAAAUUUUGAUAUUAUAAAUGCUUUUGGGAGAAUAAAUUGCAUUGCUAAUUAUACUUCAGGAAGCAAUCAUGCUAUAAAAUGCAAGCUAAUAACUGAUAAUAAGAACAACUAGGUAACAUUACCAAAUGGGGCAGAUAUAUUUGAAAUGCCUCUAAAUGUUUGGGUUAAGGUGUCAAUUUGUCUGGAGUAAACUUAUGUGGGUGCGUUUAAUUACUAUAUGGCACUAUAAUAAAAUGGAUAGGCAUCUUAUAGUCAUUUUUAAAUAUUAGGAUCCUUUGGAUUCCUACAAUAACCAUUCAGUCCGAAAGUCUUAUUGGGAUGCAUAUCCAAUCCAUGCUAUAAUUAUAGAUUUCCAGGAUCAUCAUAUAAAGGUUAUGGAAAUGAUAGAUUUUUUGAUAUUUUACUCUAUUAUCCAAUGAAUGAGGAAACUUUUUAAGUUAUUAAUGGAGUACAACAAACAAUAGUUUCGAUUAAUGAUUACUCUGGUUUUCAAAGUACUAGUUACUUUUAUAAUCCAGCAACAUAAAAUGCUGUUGAUCCCAAAUUCAGAACUAUAUCUGAUACAUUAACUCUUUAUGUCUGGAAUGAUAUCGCAUAUUGUCAUUUUAUCCCUAUUACCUAGAAAAUUAUUAUGCCUAUUGUAAUGAGAGGUGAUUUCUUAGCUAAGUAUAUGCCAAAUUAAUGCCAAUUCAUAGAAUAACCAGCAGUAUAUGUGUAUCCAUUUAACAGGGGAGUACCUAUCAGAAGAAAUUUGAUUUGCUGGCAAUCAGCUGCUGCUAGAGAUUUGAAUUUUAAGGAUAUCACUUCCCCUUAUAUAAAUAGCUUUGUCUAAGUGAAUGAGUUUGAUUAUUUUUACAUCAUUAGCACACUUUCCCUUUCGGACAAUAAAUCUCCAACUAGCUUAAAUCUAUAAGAGUAGUAUUUGGGCUUUAAUUUUGAAGAUUUAAGUGUCCUACCAGGCGAUAUAUUUAGGUUUUACUCUUCUAAAGGUGAUUCUGAGGAUUGCUUUAUUUCAAAUGUGAAAGGAUAUGAUUAUAGAUUCUUCAAUAUAAAUUGGAAAGGAAUGCCAUUUAUCAAUGAAAUAUGGCUUGGGACUAAUUAUGGAGUGAACAAGAUAACUGAGAUAAACUCUGAUAACAAACUUCAUAUUUGCUAUAAAUCCCUAUGUGAAUCAAAUGAUGGUACUUUAGCAAGAGGUAAACACAGAAUUAAUUUACAUUUUUAGUGCAGAAUUAUGAGACUUAUUCGUAUGGAUAUAAUAUCACAGUAAGUAAGAGGAAAGAUAGAAAUAUAAAGAUUAGGUAUUGACUCUGACGGUGAUUUGAUUGAAACUAGCGAGAUUAUUUGGGGAAACUAUAAUCUUACAAAAAGUCCUCUCAAUUAGACUAAAGGCGAUGUAAAGUGCUAUCCUGAUGGAACUUGUACUUUAAUGGAAGGCUAAAUCUUCUUACAAUAGGGAAAAAUUGCUUAAGAUACUAGUAAAAUGAUUCUUAAAGGAAGAAAUUUAUUAUUUUCCAAUAAUGUAAGGUCUAGAAUAAUAAAUUAAGACACUUUGACCACUGGAAAUUACACUACAUUUGGAAUAAAUGUUACCUUUGCAAUAUUGGACAAUAUAGCCUGCUCAGUGUUAAAACCACCUUCAGCAACUGUAGUUAAUAAAGAUAUCUCAAAUGAUCAUAUUAUUAUUCGAGACUUUAAUCUAAAUGGCUGUGGAUCAGGUACUUUAAUAGCCUCAUUUUACCUUUGGAGAGGAAUUAAAAACAACAAAACGGGCUUAUUUACUAAUCUUCAUGUCACAAAUAAAUUGGACAUGACUCUAGGAUCUUUAGGUUGUGAUGAUAGCUGCCUUAGAUGUAAUGGAACUACAAACUCAUCUUGUAUCUUAUGUAAAAACCCAACCUAAAAGUAUCUUAACAAUGGUUCAUGUGUUGAUUAAUGCCCAUUAACUUCGCCUUACUAUACUACAUUCACAAGUUAUUUUAGUGCAACUAAAUAUACAGGUAGAUAGUGUCAGGAGUAGUGUCCUACCCAAUAUUAUCCAGCUACAAAUUAAACAUCUCCUAAUACUAGCAUCCCUUGUUUAACUUGCUUUGAUGGAUGCCAGAAAUGCAUUAAUAAUAGACCAUCUUAAUGUUUGGUCUGCUCCCCAAUAAGAUACCUUUUCAAUAAUAAAUGCUUACUUUCUUGCCCAGAUAGGGAUCUUUAUCUUGGCUUAUGGGAACCUGUAGUAUAUUAAUACGGACCUAAUUAUACUGAUUAUAAAUGCUAUGAGACAGAGGAUUCAAUCACUUCAAAUCUUACUAAAAAUGUUGUUGUUAAAGUGGUAGAUAUUGGAUACAGAAAAUCUAUACCCAAAGACAAAGCAACAAGUUUGAAAAUUACAGUGCAGCUGUUUGAUGGAAAUAUAACUUCUGUUAUGUGGAAAUAGAUAGAUCCAUUCACAAGUUACAAUUAUAAUAUAUAGGGAUUCAACAAAUCAACAACUAAAAAUAAAUUUAUCUUUGAUGGAAUUCUAACUAUGGAUAAUCAAACUGGUUACUUAUAAUCGAAAUAUGCAUAUCAAUAAUUGAGAACCAGUUCUUUUAAGUAUCAAAGUGAUAGCUAGACAUUCAGAAUACUAGUUCGAGUUUCAAAUCACAGACUUGAAUUUGGCUAUGAUGUGAUAGAAUUCUAUGCGAAUAAACCUCCUUAAGCUAAUAAUAUGAUUAUUACAUCAUCAGAAAAGUAUCAUAAUUAUACUAUGAAAACUAUAUUCAAUGUAACAACUGUCAACAAAUCGGCAGAAACUUCAAGCUAAACCUGGUAUGAUAGUAUUGAUGAUGAUUCAAAUCAACUUUCUUAUAAGAUACAGAUUUAUGCCUUGGAGACCUAUUUCUUAAUUAAACCUUAUACAUUUUAGUAGUAAUCAUUUUAAGUCAUGCUACCAUUCGUUUCAGAUGAACCUACUUAUGCAGAAGCAUUUAUAUCAGUCUAUGCUAUGGAUAAAGAUAGUGGCAUAUCAUUUAAGACUGAUACUCUCAACAUUUCAAGUAACUACAUCAGUCAGAACUAGCAUAUCUAUUUAAGAGAAUUAUAUAACUUUGUUCUCAACAAAACACUGCAUAUUGAUACGUACUAUUAAUUGAUGGUAGCAAAUUUUUUUGAAAUAGCGUUUUCUGAGCCUCAGAUCCCAACAUACAACAGUAUUGUUUGUUUGAUCGAUAUUAACUGUUUUAACGGUCAAUGUGAUACAAACUCAGGUCAAGGAAUAUGUGAUUGUGAUCCAGGAUAUUAUGGAAUAAUGUGCCAGCUUACUCUUGAAGAUAAUCAUAUGGCUAAGCAACUAACCUAAGGAAUCGUAAAUUCAACUGAUAUUUAUUUCUAAAAUCAUACAUACUAAGAUAUGUAUAGAGCUGGAGACCUUGAAUAUGUGGUCAUGUUGCUAAAAGGACUUCUAAAAAACUAUGAAACUGCAGAUUUAGAUGAUGUUUUAAGAAUGUUGUAGCAUAUGAGAAAUUGUAUUUAUGCUCACUCUGAAAUAGUUUUCAGCUUUUAAAUAGAAUACUAUGAUUCCUUUUAUUUGACAAUGGGACGAAUUUUUGGUAAAAUCCAUUUAUACUAUGCGGCAAAUAAACUUAGUUGUGAGUUUAACGAAGAGAGGGAAAAUAAAUUUUUAGAGACAAUAUCUGAGAUUGUUAGAAUUACCUAGGACUGUAUAAAUGAAUUUUCAAGAGUGGCACUUCUGAGGAUGGACAAAAUCAUUGCAUCUAAGUAUCAGACUUAUAGUUUUAUAGGGCAAAGUUCUUAUCUUGAAGUUUUACUUAACAGAACGCUCUCUCAAGAAAUACUUAACAGUUCAAGGAAAGGUGAACCAACAUACUUCAAAAUGGAUGAAACUAACACAAAUAAUGUUGAAAUAAGAGGACCUGCUGGAUUUUUAGAUGGAAUACCCGAUGUCAACGAUGUCAGUGACUUGAGAAUCAAAAUGAUUAAAUACAUAGCUAGUCCCUACAUUCAUAAACCACAAAUCAAUAAAUUCAUAGACUCACCUGUGGUAGUAUUUGAAAUUAUGGAUGCCAAUACUAAAAAGAUUCAUGUGAAUAUAACCCACAAAGUUUAGAAAUUAGGCUUCAUUCAGAUAUAGAUACCUUAUACGAAGAUGAAGAACUUUGACCCUUAGUACCUCAAAUGCAAAUAUUUGAAUGAGACAUCCGGCAAAUUCCAAUCAGAUGGAUGUGGUAUACAAAUUUAUGAUCCUUCUACCUGCAAAAACUGUGCUAACUCAAUCACUACAGCAGUAUGUUUCUGUUCUCAUCUAUCUACAUUUGCGUUGAUGUUUGAUGAAACUCUAGAUUCCCUUGGUAAUCACCCUAAAUUAGGCAUAUACACAGAUUUCUACGGAAUGGACUUCUGGCAGGAAUCUUUAGGAUUCAUAGCUGUCAUAGGUGCAUCUGUUACAUUUUUCCUCGGCCUUGUUAUAUCAAUAAUCUUCGACAUUAAGCCAUAGAAGCAGGUUAAAUAUAGACUCAUGAGAGAUUUCAGAAACAUUGACAGAUAUGGCCUCAAGAAUGAUAAUGAUGAGUAAAACGAUGAAGCAAACUUAAAUAAAGAUCAAAGUGGUGCCAGCAUGAAGGGAAAAACCUCGAUAUUUCCGAAUGAGGAAAUGAAGGAUAAUCGCAUGUUUGAGGGAAUGGAUGAUGACGACUUUGUUGCUUAAGCUGGCACAAAGAAAAAGGGAGCAAUCGAUGAUAGCAUAGCUGUGUUUGAUGUUAAUUAGUACUAUGGGGAUGGAAGUUCUAAGAAGAAGGUUCUGACUAAAAAGUCUAAGAAAGGUACUGCUGCUGAGAAAAAUGAUGAUGAUUCAGUAAUUGAGCUAGAUAAUGAUGUGUCUAAUAUUCAUGAUAACUCCUAGAUUGGUUUAAAUCAUCAUAGAAGGCAUUUAGCCGUGGGACUCAGAGAUGCAGAAAUGGAGGUAGAGACUCCUCAUUCUCGAAAUUAUGAGGGUGGCUCAGAUGAAGAGGAAAAGGAUUAUAGAUAGGAAGAUCAAGCUUCUCAGUCCAAUCAGAAUAAUUAUCAAUCAACUGAUAACAAUCAAUAGCUCUUCAGAAAAGUUCCAGCUGCUAAGUAAAAGAGGACCAAAGGUGGAACAUAGAAAGACUUCGCAAAGUAGAAACUGGAUGACUUAGAUAGAAUUAUUGAAGAGAGAGUAUACAAAAAAAAUGAAGAAGACUAGGACAAGCCUGAUCCCAAGAGUUUGGAAUUAUUUGGAGUCAAAGCUGAUAGUUCAGUUAAGAAAGCAAGAGUAACUACUCGAGAGAAUGCAAUCAAUCCUGUAAAUCUAUUUGAAGGCAAGAAAACUGAGAAAAAGCAAAGAAGAGGGCUUGCAAAUAUCGUGGAAGACGAAGCAGAGAUGAACCAGGACAUGCAAGAUGUAGAAAACAUGUUGAGAGGAACUUCUGCAACUGGAAUGAGACAGACAGCUAAAAAGAAGAAACUAAAGAAGAAAGUGAAUGCUGUUGCAAUGAAUAUUCAGGAGAAUGAUAUCACACCAGCUGCCUAGGAUGAUGUCACUCCAAGUAAAGAACUGGCAUCUGAGAGAAGACUAAAUGAAAACUUACAAACUUUGGAAACAAAAAAGCCCCCUGAAAUCCUAACCUAGCGAUCAAAGAGCAGUAAGGGUGGUACGCUGCCUCACAGCAAGACACUAUCACCAGUAUCGCAAAGAUCGCCUAAAACCACAACGACAAAAAAGACUAAUUACAAAGACUUUGAUGAUGUAGUGGGUGAAGAAGAAGAACUCAAGUAAACUCCAGAUUACGAAGCAACUGUCAUUCCCAAGAAAGGCUCAAAGUAAAAAUCAACUAAAGGAAAGACAUCGGAGUCAGUUUUCGACGACAAGAAGGGUUAUAAAACUACUAUGAAUGAGACAGAUGUGGGCAAUAGUAGCUAGCAAACAAGGCCUAACUCGAAACAACUGUCAAAGAAAAGUAGUGACUUGUAAAAAGAGCAAUCAUCUGAGUAUACUAAAUUCUCUGAACUCACAUAUGCAGAUGAUCCUUAGAAAAGAAUACUUAGACCUACAGAUUAUAAGACUGUUGAGGAUGAAAUACAGGAUUUGGUACUUUCCAAGGAGGAAUAAAUGUAUACGCUUAAGAACAUUAUUAAGUACGGAAAUCCAAUAGCCAACUUAUUUACUGUUGACUCCCUACUUUUCCCAAGACAUGCGAGAUGGUCAUUGCUCAUGCUCAACAUCAUUCUGAUUUGGUUCUUCUGCGCUGUCAUUUACAACAAUACAAAGUCUCCUCUCUAGAUCCCUGACUUUAGUAAAAAAGCUAGUAGUUUGGCUUUCUAGGAUGCCUGGAUUGCAUUAUCAGCACCAUUAGGAAAUAUCGUUUUGAUGUAUCUCUUCGCUUCAUUGUUUAGAAUAACAGAUCAGAGGAUAAAGAUUGAGUUAAAGAAAGAAAUGGCUCUAAGGUUCAUUAUGGCCUACUUUAUUGUCUUGGCUGUAUUUGCCGCAGUUUCAUGGUAUGUCAUCAACUUCACUGCUACGUUCGGGUAAAACUUCAAUCAUUUGUUUUAAUUCUAAUUAGUUGGAAAGUCAGUUGGGCUUGGUGGUACAGUGGCUGCUCAGCUGCGUUCAGUUAGAUCUAUCAAGCAGGGAAGAGAAGAGGCUUGA